AGAGAGAGAGAGAGAGAGAGAGAGAGAAUGUGAUAGGAGUGUCCACAUUUGGUUCAAAGUCUUAGGACAGUAAGUUACUGGAGUUCAGAACCGGAGAGGAAGCCGGAGUGAAGUGGGUUUAGUUCUGUUUCAGUGUUCUCGAUGGCGUCAGCAUGGCAGAGAUUCGAAUCCAUGCACCAGUGGAUUCUGGAAAAUGGAGAUAAGAGGACAGACCCCUGGUUGCUGGUGUACUCCCCCGUGCCUGUAGCAUGUAUUUUUCUCUGUUAUCUUGGUGUGCUUUGGAUCGGACCCAAGCUCAUGAAGAACAGAGAACCCUUAAACCUAAGAGUCGUCCUAAUAGUUUAUAACUUUGCCAUGGUUUGCCUGUCCGUCUACAUGUUCCACGAGUUUUUAGUGACGUCUUGGUUGUCAAACUACAGCUACCUGUGUCAGCCUGUGGACUACAGCACCAGUCCUUUAGCUAUGAGGAUGGCCAGUGUGUGCUGGUGGUUUUUCUUCUCCAAGGUCAUAGAGCUUGUUGACACAGUCUUUUUUAUUUUACGGAAGAAGAACAGUCAGCUGACCUUCCUGCACAUAUACCACCACGGCACCAUGAUCUUCAACUGGUGGGCUGGGGUCAAAUAUGUAGCCGGCGGACAGUCGUUCUUCAUCGGGCUGCUGAACACCUUUGUGCACAUUGUGAUGUAUUCGUAUUAUGGGCUGGCGGCUCUGGGGCCUCACAUGCAGAAGUAUCUGUGGUGGAAACGCUACCUCACCUCCCUGCAGCUGCUCCAGUUUGUCCUGCUCACCACACACACUGGUUAUAACCUGUUCACCGAGUGUGAUUUCCCCGACUCCAUGAACACGGUGGUGUUCGCCUACUGCAUCACCCUCAUCCUGCUCUUCAGCAACUUCUACUACCAGAGCUACAUCAGCCGGAAGAGCAAACGCUCCUAACAGACCGGAACAGUCCCUGACCGUCCCAAAUCGACCCCUCCACACUUCCUCUCAACACUUCUGCACAGGGACCUGCGGAAACAGUGAAUUUACACACAUCACCAAAAAUUAAAGUUGCACUCAGAAAGAAUUAACCAAUAGAAAUGACACUUGGUGGGUGAUAAGUCCCACUUUUGUCUUGGUGGAUACGACCAAUGAAUCCAUGUGUGGAGCCACCACGAUCAGCACCAAGAUCAACGGUUUGCUGUAGUUUGUCACACAUCCACAGGGUUCUGGUGUCAUGGUGUGAGGUGCAGUUUCAUACAAUGCCAGCUCUUCAUUACCGGAACUUUAACAGCGCUGAGUUACGUUAAUGAGGUCCUGCAACCAGUGAACCUUCCAUUUCUGAACACACACUCUGGUGCUCGAUUCCAGCAGGACAGUGCUCGUCCACAUACUGCACAGACACUGUACCAUGGCCAGUUGCAUCACUAGACCGACCUAUCCCAAAUACAAAAUGUUUUGAGAUGCUAUUGGAUAUGUAUGUUUGUGUAGCUCAAUAAAUAUGAUCAGGGGUUAUGAACCCAUAAUCAUCUUAAAA